CACACCCAUGCCCCGGCCCUGGCCACGCUGCGUCGCAAGCUGCCGCGCCAGAGCCCUACACAGAGAGCCAUGGCUUCGAUCCUCUGCCCGCCGUCCCCGCUGUUCGUGCGGGUGUCCCAGCCCGGAAUCCGUCUUCAAAGGAAGCUGGAAAAGUACUUUCAGAGCCGGGAGUCGGGAGGCGGAGAGUGCACCGUCCGUGCCCUGGAUCCCAGCGACCAGGGCACCUAUCGGGUGGAUUUCCAGCAAAGGGCGGGUAAGGAGGGAGUGUUGAAAAAAGGAAAGCACCAAAUUGUGGUUGACGACAAAACUGUGACUAUUUUCCUGGAACCCAAUGAAAAUGCAGUAGAGAAGAAUACAAGGGCCAGAAUGUCUUCUCUGACACAGUCACAAAAAGGGGCGAGGUCUGGUGAGAAGCAUCCAAAUGAAAAGCACAUCCCUAAUGCUGUGGAUUCCUGUGUCAGAAAGAUCUUUCUUACUGUCACAGCUGAGCUAAACUGUCACCUGCUCUCCAAAGAGCAGAGGGAGCAGAUCACCAUUCUCUGCCCCAGUGUCAAAUGUGUGGAGGGCCGUGAUGGAACAGAGAAGGUGUGUGGUGACUUCAGAGAUAUUGAAAGAAUACAUGGCUUCUUGAGUGAGCAACUGUUGGAAAGGGAACAGAAAUGUGAUUCUUCCCUUUUGACAACAGAGAGGGAGCCACUCCAUCAGCAGGAUGCACACAGCUAUGUUUCUCCCUCUGAGCCAAAAUCCAGGUCAGAGGAAAAAAGCAACCAUUUCGAAGUUCCCUUGGCUUUCUUUGAAUACUUCACAUACACCUACCCUGAUAAAAUAGGCUCAAUAGAGAAAAGAUUUGGUACAAAAAUAAAAGCUCGAGAGAGUUCUUCAAAUAUGGUCUAUUUAGACUUCAUCUCAGGUAACCUCGAAGCAGCUCGCGACUCUUUUGCCAGUGAAUUUCAGAACGUAGGGACUCUGGGGCAGAAAUGUAUUGCUUUUGCAGACAGUAAGCAGGCAAAUCAAAUCAAACAAGAAUUAAGCCAGCAGUUUACGAAGCUCCUCAUAAAGGAGAAAGGGCGAGAAUUAACCCUUCUUGGGACCACAGAUGACAUUUCAGCUGCUGAACAUCUUCUUGCUUCAAAAACCUCUGAAAGUCUUAUCAAGGCACCCGUGAAAAUAUUGACUGACAAACACAUGAUGAAUGGAAUUGAGGUUGAUACUGCUCACUAUAAGCUUUUAGAAGUGGAAUUAUUCCAGGAGAUAUCAAAAAUAGAAAAAAAAUACAACACUCAAAAGCAGGUUUGGGGAUUAGGUCAGAAAACCUGCAUUCUGUUUAAACCUAAAAUCAAGGAGUUAGAUCUUUCUGUGCAUGCUUAUUCAAGUUUCAUCGACGCCUACCAACAUGUCUCUUGUCAGAUUAUGAGAGAAGUUCUUUCACUGAAAGCUUUGGGCAAGGAGAAAAAGCACUUGUAUGGGACCAAGUUUGCUGAUGACUUUAGAAAAAGACAUCCAGAUAUACACCUUGUGCUAAAUCAAGAGUCAAUGACUUUGACUGGGCUGCCAGAUAACCUUGCAAAGGCAAAACAGUAUGUCUUAAACAGAGCGGGAAUCUCUCCGUUAGCUGGAGAAAAAUGGAAUGAUGACCAUGAUGCACCCACUGAUAGCAGUGAUUCAAAAACAGCUUCAACAACAUUCCAGCACUCUGCCAGUUCUGGGGUGUCAGGAGUGGACAAAGAAAAGGACAUAUGUAUCAUCUGUAUGGACACCAUUAAUAACAAACGCGUGCUCUCCAAGUGCAAGCAUGAAUUCUGCAGCCUCUGUAUUGAGAGAGCCUUUUCAUAUAAGCCAGUCUGUCCUGUGUGCCAGACUUCCUACGGCAUCCAGAAAGGAAAUCAGCCAGAUGGAAAUAUGAGUUUCAGUUACUUAAAGGACUCACUUCCAGGUUAUGAAUCCUGUGGCUCCAUUAAGAUUAUUUAUACUAUUAAAGGAGGCAUACAAACAAAAGAGCACCCAAACCCAGGAAAGAGAUUUUAUGGAAUACAGCGAAGUGCAUACUUGCCUGAUAACCAGGAAGGAAGGGAGGUUCUGCGCCUGCUUCGUAGGGCCUUUGACCAAAAACUGAUUUUCACAGUGGGAGUGUCUCGAGCAUCAGGAUUCUCAGAUGUUGUUACAUGGAAUGAUAUCCACCACAAGACAUCCUGCAGUGGGGGACCACAAUGUUAUGGCUACCCUGAUCCUGACUAUCUGAAACGUGUCAAACAGGAGCUGAAAGACAAAGGAAUUGAGUAAGAAGACUACGGGAAGUCUUGAGCCCAGCUUGCAAAAGGCACAGUCAAAGACGCAGAGUAAAUACUAAUCUAAAUCUUUAUGUAAGAACACCUUUUAAAUUUUUCAUCUCAAGAAAUGGUUUGUGUAAGAAUAAGAAGUUUUUCUGGAGUGUUUAAUUGUACGGAAGAUAAAAGCCCCAAAGAUCUGUGUAAUAUUUUGCUGCAGAGGUACUGUGCCUCAUUCUCAUGGCAUUCUUGCAGGGCUGUGGAGGUGGAGCAUUGUGGCUGUGGAAUCAUCUUCUGUGUUGUGCAGCUGAAGUACUAGCUGCUAGCUGAUCCUCUUAUUGCCAUCUGUGGGGCAGUCCUUCAGUUUUGUUUGUUUGCCCUUUAAUCUCUACCCUAAAAGUAAAAUCCUAGUGUGAAUAGGGGAGAAGAAGGCUUUGGUUAUGGAAAACUGGAGACCCACGUUCCCCUCCCUGCCCCACGGCCAGAAAAGUGGCCAGGGCAGAGACUGAGCAACCUUUGGUAAUAAAUGGAACAAGGCUAUUAUUUUUCAGGACACCUGGUAUAUGGCUGGUACUUAAUCAAUUGUUGCUGCCUGACUCAGGUUGCUAACAACCCAGCAGAGGAUAUAUGCUCCCUGAAUCUUGGGCAGAGGCAGGAGUAAAGAAGCCAUUUCUGGAGACCUCACCACUGAUUUGGAAAACCAAGUCUCUUACUCCAGAACACUUGGCCUCUGAACUCUGACUGGCCUCUAACUUUGUCCUUGCUCCCCCGAUCCCUGUAAUCUGCCACGUGGCAUGCACUUGCCCCUCCAUAGUAAUGGUACAUGCCUCUGAACAUUUUUUUCCUCUAGAUAUUAUUAUACUUUUGAGUAUACCCCACUUCUAGUUUUAACAGACAAAUCCCCAAAAUUUCCAUAGACUAUCAUUUUCUUAGUAACUGUAGUCCCCACAGUAGCACUUUUCUCAUCCUUUUGCCAAGUCCCAUCAAGCCACGCCUUCUGCCUUAAAACCUUUCUCCCUGAUAAUCUCUGGACAGAGAAAAGGCCAGAGGUGAGCCUACUAUAAGGAAUAUAUGACCGGUCAAAAUUUAAUUUUACAUGGUCCUCCAAGUCAGAAGAAAGUUAUAGUAAGAAACUACCUGGCUAUCCAUGUCCCAGCCUCUCUCCAAAAGUGAUGAAUUUUUUGUUCAGAUAAUAAUAGUUAAUAUUGUGUCCUUAUUUUUCCCCUUUAUAAGAGCUUUAUAUCUAUUAGUAUCACCAUUUUAUAAUUGAGAAAACUGAUGCACAGAGAGGAUAGGUACUUUCACAAAGGUCACAUAAUUAAUAAGUACAAGUGCUAGGAUUUGAAGGAGUUAGUCUGGCUCCAAGGCUUCUGUGCCCCAGAGCUGUACUGCCUUCUACAGGGGUCUUCUCCCGCGUGGAGCAGGCUAGGGAGUUCCCAUUAUUCUGAGCUUCUCUCAGAAUGGAUUCCUGCACAGUACUCAAAGCAGAUUUCCUCCAAGGAAGUCUUGAUUGAAGAACUUAAAAACCCAAAAUCAUUUUCUUUGUCCAGAGAGUUGAGGAAGCUUAAGGUAAAUAAUAUUUUUUUUAAAUCAGAUUAGAUAUUUAGCUUAGUCUGAUGAAUUAUUCAGUGAUUCACUAAAGCCUUACAGUUAUUAUUGUUUUGUAUCUAUUGAUAUUUUAGCUAAAUUUGCUUCAAAAAAGCAAAAGUUUGGUUCCUGCUAAUUUCUGGAUCCUUGACAGCAAGGUGUGUGUUUCAUAUUGUGUGAGUGGUUGGAAAGCCUUUGCAUUAUUGCUUUUGCUCUGUGGAAAGUAUUAUCAUCUCUAUCAGCUAUAAAUAAAGUUAUAUCCUUAUUAGGAA